AUGCGUUUUCUUUUCGUCCAUUACAUCUUCCCUUCUUCUCUUACCCGUGCCUCCAACCGAACAUGCUGGAAGGAUGGCUUUGACAUUUCAUCCAACUAUUACGACAACGUCCCAGACACUGGUGAGGUUAGGGAGUACUGGUUCAAUAUUGAUAACACCACUGCUGCCCCUGAUGGUGUUGAGCUACCUGCUCAGUUAAUCAACGGCUCUUUCCCAGGUCCCACUAUCAUUGCUGACUGGGGGGAUACCGUUGUUAUUCACGUCACGAACUCCUUGCAGACCAAUGGUAGCGGUCUUCAUUUCCACGGAAUCCGUCAAAAUCACACGAACCAGAUGGAAGGCGUUCCUAGCCUUACUCAAUGUCCUGUUGAUCCGGGCGACUCUUACACCUACCGUUGGCAUGCUGUGGAAUACGGAACCGGUUGGUACCACUCGCACUUCUACGUUCAAGCCUGGGACGGAGUGUUCUGUGGUGUCCUCAUCAACGGACCAGCAACUGCCAACUACGAUGUUGAUCUUUAUCAUGUCUUCUUGAACGAUUGGUAUCACCAAACGGCCGACCAACUCCUUCUCCAAGCCGCAACCGGAGGACCUCCCACAGCCCCGAACGGUUUGAUCAAUGGAACCGAUGUUUGGGGAGAACUGGGUUCGCGCUGGGAGACCACCUUCACACCAGGAACUCACUAUCGUAUGCGUGUGGUGAAUGCUGCUGCUGACCAGCACUUCCGUUUCAUGAUCGAUGACCACGAGCUAGAGGUCAUUGCCAACGACUUCGUGCCCAUUGUUCCCUUCACCACCAAUCAACUCAAUGUCGGGAUGGGUCAGCGAUAUGAUGUUAUUGGUAUCAUUCGUUAUGACAACUCCUCCACUGCAGACCCAACCACCACUGCCUGGAGCUACACUGACUCCUGUGCCGAUGAGGCGGCGUCUGAUCUCGUGCCUUACCUCCAGGUCAAUGUCUCCGAAAGUUCUUAUUACGAUGAAAGUGAGAAUGUUGAGGUUCAAGUUACCGAUAAUGCCAUGCUGUGGUUGAUGAACGGAACGUCCUUCGACACCCAAUGGGAAUACCCCACUUUGAUGCAAGUGGCCGAAAACAACCAGACGUGGCUCGAAAAGCAGCGUGUCAUUCAUCUCCCCGAGGCUAACAAAUGGAUGUACUUUGUCAUCCAUUCCCCUUUCGGUCAGGACCACCCUAUGCAUAUGCAUGGCCACGACUUCUGGGUCCUUGGUUCGGGAUACGGUAACUUUGAUACGUCAAUGAGGGAUGGUCUUACUUUGGUGAACGCUCCACGUCGCGAUGUUGUCAUGCUGCAUGCCAGUGGAUACGUCGCUAUUGCCAUGAAGACCGUCAACCCUGGCGUCUGGCUCAUGCAUUGCCACAUCGCUUGGCACACCUCUGAAGGAUUUGCCGUUCAGCUCCUCGAGCAUGAGUCAGAGAUCCAGAUUAAUGAUAGCAUCCUUAACUCGAACUGCAAGGCUUGGUCAGAAAAUGCUAUUACCGACGAUGUCGUUCAGCACGAUUCGGGUAUCUAG